CCUCGGCUGAGCUGCGCGCGCCUGUGUUGGCGCCGCGGCGAGAUGAGCGGGGCAGGGUCGGCGGCCACGGCCCGGGGGCUGCGGGUAGACGGGCUGCCGCCGCUACCCAAAAGCCUGAGCGGGCUGUUGCACUCGGCGGCGGGCGGCGCUGCGGGCGGCUGGCGGCACCUGGAGCGGCUGUACGCGCAGAAGUCGCGCAUCCAGGACGAGCUGAGCCGAGGGGGCGCGGGCGGCGGCGGGGCGAGGGCUUCGGGGACUCGGACCAAGCCCCCCAACCUGGACGCUGCGCUGGCGCUGUUGCGCAAGGAGAUGGUUGGCCUCCGGCAGCUGGACAUGUCCUUGCUCUGCCAACUGUACAGCCUCUAUGAGUCCAUUCAGGAGUACAAGGGAGCGUGCCAGGCAGCCUCCAGCCUGGACUGCACCUAUGCAUUGGAGAAUGGCUUCUUCGAUGACGAGGAAGACUUCCAGGAGCAGGGCUCUCUCCAAGAAGACCAGGGCCGAGGCCCUCCCCGGGACUUGUCACUGCCUGUUACCCAUCUCUCCAACAGUGACUGGAUUCUGGAGUCCAUCUAGCACCUCUGGAGUCUAUCCACACAGACUGGCAGCAUCUGUUUCUCUUCUUGCAAGAAAGUACGUCAGCCUCUUCAUGGUGGACAGUCCAUGGGCAUGUGGGAACAUGUGCCACUAGUAUAACUUGUGGGUGUGGAGUUUGUUGACACGCAGGACAGCCUGCUUAGUUGGCUGCGGGGUCUUCCCAGAUGACCUAGAGGCACGUCACGAUGUCCAUGACACCUUUAGUAACCCCUGGUGGAAGCUGUGACAGAAGGGUCCCAUGGGGAAAGCCUUCAUGGGCACGUUGGGUGAGGUUGCUCUCAGCCUGCUUCUUUGUAGAUGGCAGGUGUGUUAUGUCCUCUCUGGUUUAAGAAUGCCACGCUGGCGUGUGAAAUAUGAAAACCACCAUUUCCCUGGCCAGAGUCCCCAAGGCAGUUUGCAUCUUUUCUUGCUGUCACUGAGCUGUUAGCUUCUUUCCUCAGAUGUAUUUGGAUGCCUCGCUGAUUCAUGAGAGCUUUCCAGAAGGAGGAAAUAGUCUGCCACUCUGGUCAAUUUGCUUUUCUGCAACUACCAAAAUGGAUAUCAGGCAUAGGUAGAGGGAAAAGACAUGAAUGAAUAUACAUUGAAUGGAGAGAAAAAUUAACCUGGGACAAGCUAAUAUUUGUAUCGCUCACCAUAAGUGACUGUUUAUGGCUACAGACCCGAUUGUAAACGUCAGUGCUGGACAGUAAUCCUUCCAAGCAGUAGUUACCUGAAGCCUUAAUAAUAUUUAUUAAAACACUUCAUGAGAGCAUCACACUGUAGGCGAAACAUGGAUACAAUGCUUAACUGUCUCUUGUCAUGUGUCAUUUUGUUCUGGGGUCUGGGGAUGUGCCUCAGUGGAUCCAGUGAGUCCCUAGCAUGUAUGAGGCCUGGGGUUUGACCUUAGUAUCAUGUCAACUGGGCAUGAUGGUGUAUGCCUAUAAUCCCAGGACAGAGGUGGAGGUAGGAGGAUCACAGGUUCAAGGUCACCCUUGGCAACACGGAGAGUUUAGGGCCAUUCUGGUCUGUCCUUUCUCUAAACAAAAAUUGUAUUGAGUUCAGACUUACAACCUGCAUGUGAGUCCAAUAUAACGCAUAAUAAAACAAACUUAGGACUUCUUUGGCCAUCGAGUGACUUUAAGAAGAUAUAUUUAAGUCUCUGUUAAGUUUGGACAGCUGUUCCAUUAGUGCCAGGCCACAUUUACACCAAGAUUUCACCUUGUUUCUCACAUCCUGCCAAGUUCCUUGGUCCUCCUUUAGUGAGCAGUCUGCUCAUCAGUGCCCUCUUGAGGCCAACAGGGGGAAGUACAAUGUAGCAAUUGUGUGACUUUUGCCUACGCACCCCAAACACGGCACCAGUGACAAACCAAAGCAAGGCUUACACAAAAGUCCGACCUGGCAAACCACUGAGCUUAUUCAUGUUACUUACUGGAGUGUGAGUGAUCCCCAAACAGCUACAUCAUCAACAGUCCCCUCCAGGAUGGUUGAUGACCCCCCCCUAUAGCUGAGUAGAGGAAGGUCCUCUAUUCUCCCUGCUACCCCGCCCCCAGCAGCUAACUUCUUACACUCUAUACACUCUCUCACCUCCAAGACCAGAUCAGGAGACCUGAGGCUGCUGGGACAGAAGUCCACAAAGCUGGGAGGGCUUUAUAGGAUCUCAGGGGAGGGUCAUUAGACGCCGCCCUGUGAAGAACUGGCAACAGGCCUGAUCUUGAGGCUCUCUUUGGGGUGUUACAGCUGCUCUGAUCCAGGUAGGAAUGGCUGUUGUGCUCGGAGGACAGUGCGCUGGUUAGUUGUCAACACAAGCUUGAGGCAUCUUGGAAGAAGGAAUGUCAGUUGAGGAAUUUUCUCCGUCAGACUGACCUGCAGGCACAUCUGGGGUGCUUCUUGAUGGAUGAUUGAUAUGGGAGGGCCCAGCCUCCUGCCAGUGGUGCCAC